GAUGGCGGCGAGUACGAGUGGAGCGUUGUUUUGGUGCGGUAACUAAGCCAAGUAGUGAUCUACCCUGCAGCCGAAAAAGGUCAUAUCCAACGUCUGUUGGAGUCACAACACUUUCCGGGUAGACAUCAACACAAAGAGUCAUCAAUAUCCAAUCCAUUGGAGAAUAAACAGUUGAGAAUUGGCGGUGGAGUGCAGUAAUAAGAUGGAGAAAAAUGGUGAGAUCCAUGAGUGCUGCUGGUGACCUGAGGGUCCUUUUGGCUGAUGAUUUAUGUGACAAUACGACAAACAUGGAAACCCGUGGCCGUAGCAAGCGGUUACGCGGUGUUGUGGGUAUUUGCGUACUGUUGACAUUGACUGGUAUUAUUUACUUUGGAUACUUCUGCCCGGACCAUGUUUGUGCGUUGACUAAUCGCGAUAUCAAAGAGUCGACGAGGAUUGCUGAGGGUAUCGUUCAGGGUAACAACAUCCUGACGACACUUGGCAGCUUUGAGAAUGAUAAAAAUUUUAUUGCCAAUGUACAUCCGUUGUUCAAACUACAGAGUGUCCAGGGAAGUCUGGGAUACGAGGAUAUAUUUAAUAACGACACGUUUCAGUUUGAUCUCAAUGCACACGAUGUUAUGGUCUUUCUUCACAUACAAAAGACGGGAGGAACACUGUUUGGCAAACACCUAGUACGUGAUUUGGACCUGCAGCGUCCUUGUUCGUGUCAGCGUCGAAAAAAACGUUGCUAUUGUUUUCGUCCCAAUAGAGAUGAACAUUGGUUGUUCUCUCGUUAUUCAACCGGUUGGAAAUGUGGAUUGCACGCUGAUUGGACAGAAUUGACAAAUUGCGUUGAUAAUGAAUUGAAUAAGAUUGAGAGUAAUGAUGUAAAAAGACGAUAUUUCUACAUAACGAUAAUACGUGAUCCUGUAGCACGUUAUUUAUCGGAAUUUCGGCAUGUACAAAGGGGAGCUACAUGGAAAGGUGCUAGACAUUGGUGUGGAGGAGUACUGGGAAGUAUUCCUUCGUGUUAUAAUGGCCCUAAUUGGCAAGGAGUGACUCUGGAAGAGUUCAUGGCGUGUCCAAAUAAUUUAGCCAGCAAUAGACAGACGAGAAUGCUGGCUGAUCUAUCAUUAAUCGGCUGCUACAAUUCCACAUUAUCAAAUGGUGAGAGAGAUUACCUUAUGCUGGAGAGUGCUAAACGUAAUCUGCAGUUUAUGCCCUUCUUCAUGCUGACUGAGUACCAAAAAGUGGGUCAAUACUCAUUUGAGGAAACUUUUGGUAUGCGUUUCGCUGUUGCCUUUGAACAGCACAAUGCAACCCAAAGUGCAGCAACAAUGGCAACACUGACACCUCAACAAUUGGAUGAGGUAAAGCGAUUGAAUAAACUCGAUUUACAAUUGUACGAGUUUGCUAAGGAUUUAGCGAUGCAAAGAUUUCGUCGCUUGCGCGAUAAAGAUCCUUCAUUUGUACAGCGUUUUCAGCAUCUCGGUGAGUUACCAUCACGACAAAGUGCCACUGAGUUCAACUGGGAUUCAGUUAUCGAAGAUACGACUGACAAUGAUUGAAUUAUCAAUCAACUAUCAUAUUUUUAAUUAUUUACUGGAUAGGAAGAAGUGGAAGUGAAUUGUUUGCAACUCAGGGAAUUUUCCCGUGAAGAUUAGACUUUUAUUUUAAUCGUUCAUUCAUUUUAUCGGAUACCAAAGAGAUUUUUUUCUGGUAAUGAAGGGUGAUAUCAGUCAAUUAUUUUUUUUAUUACUGUACAGGUGGAAAAUUAUUUUCAAUUAGCAAUCAGUUACUGAUAUUACUCGAAUAAAACUCAUUGGAAGCACACGUAAAAUCUGGGACGAUGUGAUUACUUCCUUCGGAGAAAUUUAUAGAACAAUUUGUAAAGAUUUUUUGGAGUCCUCUUCUGUUAUUUCACAAUGGAAAGUAAUAAUACAAAUCAAUUAUCAAUGAUUGUUCUUCCUCAUGCGCAUACUUAUUUACAUAUCUUUGAUUUUAAUCAAUUAAUCAAUGCCAAGUGAUUCUGUUUAAUAAGAGUAAUUUUAUAAGAAUGUCGAGCUUGUCAAGGGCAGGUCCAAUGUCGAGUUUAGAGCACAAAAAUUAGAGAAAAUAAAUCAUCAUAAUUCGAUUAAAAUCGAUUGAUGCUGUCCAACGAACACAACAACACAUAUUCGAAGUAGCGACAUAUCCUUUUUUUUCUACUGCAUUUAAACCGCAGUGUAAUGUGAGUUAUACAAAUUUUUAUAUAUCGCAGAUCGUUUUUAAUUAAGAUUUUUUGUGUUUAGUAAAACUAGAAUUAGAUAUUAUGGAUAACUGUCAAGGGUAUUAUGAAAGGUUGCUAGACGGCAGCGAAUCAUGAGAAUCGUGAAUUUUUUAUAUAAAAAAUUCCAACGUGAUUUUUUUUUUCCUCAUAGUUUUUUCUUCGUUAUUAGAUGUUGAUUCUAAUGUAAAAGUAAUAUUUUGUUCUCUAAUCAGAAUGCAUAAUACAUAUGCAUGAUACUGAGAUUUUCGAAGGAUCUGAUAUAUUAGUAUUCAACACGAAUUCCCGGACAGGAAGUACCUGGAAUAUCAACGCUUACAAAAAAAAGCUAAAGGAAAAACGUAGAAAUUGUGAAAUUUGCAUUGAAAGUUUAAAACCUUGAAUUGUACGUGUGAUUUUUUAUCAAAUUUUUUAACAAUCCAGGAAUUAAGAGUUCACUGAAAUAAUCAAGGUGCUUUUAUUUUUCGAGUAAUUUGGAGUGUCACACUUAUCAGAGAAAAAAUGUAGUUAUUUAAGAGGGCAACUCAUGUUUAAUUGGAUGAAAUCUUUUCAUUGUUUUAUUCAAUGAGACUAAUUUUGUUAUGAAGCCAAAAUUAUGGCUAAAUAUUCACACAGACGUAUACGUUUAACAAACAUUACUGAUAUUUAAUGAAUAAAUGGAUGAAGUCAGUGGUGAAGUGGUAUGAUGAAAACAAUAAGGAUGGAUAAUUAUUUCCAUUAAUUUCAACCAAUUCAUUGCAGAAUUCAAACAUUCAAACGAAAAAUAAUGUAACGGUGAUAGUAAUUUAAAACGUCCUUUUUGCAAAUUAAUAAUUUUUAUUGAAGAUAGAGAAACAAAAACACUUGCUAAGUGUUAUACAUUGAUUUUAUUUCAGCUUAGGCAGUGUGGAUACAUUAAACAUGAUUAUAAAAAAUAUAAGUGAAAUUACGAUUACGGAUUAGCCGUAAUCAUAGUAUAUCGCCCACCCAUUCUAACGAAGAGAAAAAAUUUAACAAACAAUAACAUGCUUCAUUGCAAAUCAAAUAAAAGUGAAAGUUCUUUGAUUGAAUUCAGAGUUAAUUACCGUUAGUAGAGUUUAAAUGGAGAAAAACAAAUAUAUAUAUAGACAUUUAUAUAGUUCUGUAAGAGAAUGAACAUGUUAUGUGCAAUAAGACUCAAUGGGUUACCACAAUUAUAAUCUCAUGCCAUCAAGUCAUCUGAAAAGAAAAAAAAAACAAUCCAGAAAUAAUAUAAUAAACUAGAUUUAAUGAUGAAGAAUUGUUGAACAUUUUUAAAAACAAAUUAUCAAUCUGAGUCACAGAUUGCCAAAUUAGUUUUUCUCGCGUUACCAGUAAUCAUGCGAUCGUACUUCGUCUCUAGAUUUUUUUUUCCAUUUUCCAAUUAAACAUUUUAAUUUUUCAGUCACAUACAACGUGAUAUGUCAAUGACAUGUUUAUUAAUUAUUUAAUUACCAAUAACAUGGGGAAAUAAUUGACCUAUCAUGUUUUACUAUUGAACUAUUGAAUUGAUUAACAACAAAAUAAUUGCCGUUUUUUUAUACCGUAAGAAAUAAAUAUCUCAAUGCCAAUCGAACAAUAAUAUUGAUAAUAUUAUUUUAAAGAAAUGGGGUGAGGGUGAAUAAUGUCAUAAUAAUAAUCUUAAAGACCAAAGAAGAUAGAAAUAUUGUUUAUCAUUUUUUUUAACGUUAGCUUUCCGUUGAGCAUUUAUUGAAAAUGCUGAAAGCAGCACAAAUAAUUGCUAUGUGACGAUGCCAUACAAUAAAUCAUUGAAUUUUGUAAUAAAAAAUAAGACGUAUCCAAGCGCUCAUCGAUGAGAAAAGAAUUUUUUAAUGAAUUUUUCUAAUCAUCAUCAUCAAUCACUGAAAAUCGGGUUUAUCAGUACUGAAAAUCUCUUGAAUGUUUCAAAAAGUGAGAAAAAAACGAAAAAAAAGAAAAAAUACAAAUGUUGAAAUGACGUUUAUUGUACACAAGUAAGAAUUGUUGAUUAUUUGAGUAAUUAUAUUAAUUCAUUGGAGAAAAUCAAUGUGAACCUGAUAUAGUUGUUCGCAUAUUUUUUAUGCUGACAAAAAUAAUACUUGAAAAAAAACGAA